ACAUCAUCAUGUACCUAUAGCCUAUAGCAGGGUAUAGGAAGUAAGGUGAAGAAAAUGUUAGAAAAAGUUGCGAGCAGCAAGAAGUCACAAAAGCAACGUGCUGCAACGUGUCGACAUUGAAUCCAACACUAUUUUUAUUUUUUUUUAAACAAAAAUUUGUAAUUUCGCCCGUAAUGGCAGCCGAAGUUCAACACUUUGAGCCCCCAAGCUCAGCAAGCUCUGAAAGCGAUGGUGAUAUAUGUCUAGAAGACCGAGCUGUGUUCCUUGCAGACGGUGCCAGUGAUGAUGGUGAUGUUGAUAGCAGAGAACUUGUUAGUCCUGCACCGCAAGCACCUCCACGACCACCGUCAGCUGGCUCGCAAAAAUCGCCGCGAUCGAGAAGACAACGUACGACCAGCAUGUCGCAGUCAAGUAAAAAAACUUCUACGGAAUGUAUUUUGCGUAGCAAACUCAGGACAAUUUAUAUAGCCGGUAGACCUGCGUGGUAUGAUUCUGCUGGACAACAAGUUGAACCUUUUGUUAUAGGAAUUUGUGGAGGCAGUGCUUCUGGUAAAACAACAGUCGCAACGAAGAUAAUUGAAUUUUUAAAUGUGCCUUGGGUCACAUUAUUAAGCAUGGAUUCAUUUUAUAAAGUACUCAACGAAAAGCAGCAUCACCAGGCAGCACGCAACGAGUACAAUUUCGAUCAUCCUGAUGCAUUCGACUUUGAAUUAUUAAGACUUACAUUGCAAAGACUUAAAGAAGGACGUAAAGUUGAUGUUCCUAUUUAUAAUUUUGUUACACAUAGCCGAGAAAGUCGCACUAAAACUAUGUACGGUGCUAAUGUCAUUAUAUUUGAAGGCAUUCUUACAUUUUACAACGCCGAAGUAUUAAAGAUGUGUGAUAUGAAAGUAUUCGUGGACACCGACGCGGACAUCAGAUUAGCGCGGCGACUUCGCAGAGAUAUAUCACAGCGAGGCAGAGACUUGGAAGGUGUUUUGAAACAAUACUCGGCGAUGGUUAAACCCGCGUAUUGUUAUUACAUCGCACCUUCUAUGGUACACGCAGACAUAAUUGUACCACGUGGUGGAGAAAAUGAAGUCGCUAUAAAACUUAUUGUCCAACAUGUUCAUACGCAAUUGCAGCUGAGAGGAUUUAAGUUACGGGAGAAACUCGCUCACUCGUACACUGGACAGCCGUUACCUUCUGUCUACAUGUUACCUGAUACUCCUCAAGUAAAAGGACUCCAUACACUCAUACGAGACAAAAACACUGAGCGAGAUGAGUUUAUAUUUUAUACUAAACGAUUGAUACGUUUGGUUAUUGAGUAUGCGCUUUCUUUGUUGCCAUAUAAGGAAAUAGUCAUAGAUACACCUCAGGGUGUACCCUAUCACGGUAAACGUGGUGCUUCAAAUAAAAUCUGUGGUGUAUCAAUAAUGCGAGCUGGUGAGACAAUGGAGCAGGCAUUGUGUGACGUCUGUAAAGACAUACGUAUCGGAAAAAUAUUGAUACAAACCAAUGAAAAUACUGAUGAGCCAGAGCUCUUUUAUCAACGACUGCCCAAAGACAUAAAAGACUACCGAGUUAUUUUGAUGGAUGCAACAGUCGCUACAGGUGCAGCUGCAGUAAUGGCGAUAAGAGUCCUCCUAGAUCACGACGUUGUUGAGGAUAAUAUUUUUGUAGUUUCAUUACUGAUGGCUGAACCCGGUGUUCAUUCAAUAGCAUACGCAUUCCCACGUGUUAAAAUAGUGACCUCAGCGAUCGACCCUGAAAUAAAUGAUCGUUUUUACGUAAUACCGGGAAUUGGAAAUUUCGGUGAUCGGUAUUUUGGUACUGAACCUCUCAAUGAUUUAGAGUAAACCCAGUAUUUAAUUACUUAAUUUCUUUUGUUAAUAUUUUAUUUUUAUUGAUUGUAAAUAAUACACAAUAUUAUUAUUAUGACGUUUUUUUUUGUAAACGUUAUAUUAUAAAAUUGUCGCCGUAACGUAUUG